GUUUCGUUUGCCACCGGUAUUUUAAAAGGUGGUGUCUCACUGUAGUCUCUUUGAAUUGAAUCCUAGCGGCGGACAAAACUAGUGCAGUUAAGACCAUGGACAYUGCAAAGCUCUCUGGUGAUGUCGAUUUGAAUGACUUCUUUCGAUCAAUGAGUGAAAUUGACCAAGAAGAAAGGGAUUGGAAUCACCAUGUAAACUUCAUCCUUUCGAAGAUUCACCUUCUCUCGGAAUUGACCGAACAGGAUCAACACAAUCCCAUCAAAUUCCGUGUGUUUGGGAGUUCAGUAGAGGACCUAAAGUGCAGCAUGCCCAAUGACAUCGGAGAUAUCGACAUUAUGGUGUAUCCCRUUGCAGAGGAWACAAUAAUCGACGAUUCUAUCAUUGAAUACGUCGAAGAUUUAGACCCAAUAUACAUUCGACUUCGUGGCAAAKAUCAUCCAGUAUUACAGCAUUGUUUGGAUGGAAAUUCGGACUUUGUCGCGACCUCGUCUCUCAAGGGUUUACAUCCUAAGUUGUUCGGCGAGAGGUUGGUUUUAARUGCAAUUCCAAAUUUAUUCAAAAUGUUUGACAGCUUGGACCCAGGUAGUAUGUCCGCUGGAGUACUUAACAAUCCUAGUGGUCCCGCUUGCCAGAUCGCUUUGAAGCAUUCAUUUGGAAGCAUCACUGAGCAAGUUCAAGAUCAAGAUUUCGACGGGUUCACUAAAACUGAUGAUUUCAGAAGUUUUCUAGAUUGGCUAGCUGUAUCUUUCAAUCCUUCACGAGUCUUCACCGAGGAGCACUCGGCAACCAUUGAUGAGUUUCUGAAAUUAGCACAAGAGAAAUUCCAAACGUUCAAGGAAAGCCCAGACGUUGAAAAGUUUUUUGAUAUGUUGRAUGAAUUGAUGUCUUCAAAAGAGCUUUAUGAAUUGAAACAAAAGGUCCAAGGUAUCGACCAGAGGGUAGCUAMAUCUAAUGAGYAUGAGGGUAAUGCAGCCAGUGGACACGCCUUACCCAACGAUCCGAGAAAUGGGUCAGCUAAAGUUGUCAGCACUGUUGAAAAAGUCACAGACGACAUCAAUACAAAAUUGACGUUGCCAACAUUCUCUCAAAAUCUUGAAGGAGCAAGCGACGAGAGUAAGAACAAUUGCAAGACGGAAACUUCACAAGGUCCUCCGGAAGAGCCAACGACUUUGUCUGACAACAAAAGUACGACAGAAGUUGUGAAAAAAUGGCUUAUGCAACAACUUCUGGAUACCAUCUUUUGCGAAAGUGCUUCCAUCUCAAGUAAUACAAAGGAGAAAGUAAAGAAAAACAGUGAGUGGAUCGAAAGUGGUAUUGAUUUAGUGCCAGCCCUCAAAGCAAAAGGAUGGCCCAGAGCGGCAAGUUCGUGGCCUACACGACUUGGUCGGGCGUGGCCAAGUCAAGACAUCAUAUCAAAGAUUCUAGAUGGUGGUUUUCAUAUUGUUGUCAAAACGCCUCGAGACGCAGACGAAAAAGAACAGUUGUUCCGUGUGUCGUUCUCUUGUGCAGAACUCAUCUUGAGUGGUGAACUGAAUGAUAUACAAAGAGAAUGCUACCGAUGUCUGAAGAUUUUGCAUCGUUUUGUUGCCAAACAACAGCAAUAUGAUGUAACCUCCUCGUACCUCCUCAAGAAUAUUCUGUUUUGGACUCUUGAGGAAACWGAAGUGGAMUUUUGGAGYGAGAGCAACCGUGCUGCUUGCGUUCUAAUGCUUGUGGAAAGAUUAUACAAAUCUCUGGAAUCCAAGCAUCUUCCACAUUACUUUGUACCAGAGUACAAUCUUCUUGAAGAAGCAGCUCGUUACUACCCUGAAGAAGUUGAGCACCUUGCUGGGGAAUUGAGGAAGAUUUACGAGAACCCAAGUGCCUACUCCAAAGCUGAGAUGAUGCCAAAGAUUAGUAAGRAGGACCCAUUGGUUGAGGCCCCUUUGGAUGGACGACUUUGCCCAUAUCCACAAAGGAAAGCAGAUKCAGAGAUUGAAAACRAGCAAUCAGUGGAAGCAACAUCKUCAAAUGACAAUACUGCAUCUGCUGGAGCAAGUUCCAAGUUAUUUCUUAAGUAUGCAGAUUUUCUCGCGAUCUACAAGGAGAUCUGCAGAGAGUUGAUUCAUCUGGUGCUAGAAGAAAGCAAUUCCCACCAAACAGAUGAUCCUACAGUGGCGACCAUUGUUGACAACUUAAGAAAAGUUGCCAGCAAAUUGGAAAACCCAGAGUCUGAGUUGAUGACCAUUCUUAAUCACAACAUUGAAGGAGUGUACUCUUCUCACAUUGUUUAUCCUGGGAAUUCCACAAGACAAAGGAUUCUUGAAACACUGAAAGAAGAGAGUAAGAUGUUUGCUUWCAUUGUAGACCAAGAGGAUUUAUUGGAAGUAGGGAAGGAAGACCUCAUUAUCAAAAGAAUCAUGAAUUCUGGCAACUUUGAUAAGCAUUCACUUUUUUCAAACUACUGGRAGCUCUUGAAGCAAACUUUUAGCAUGUUCGAAUCACCACCUUUGUUGGCACCAAAAGAUGGUGAUGACAUUCCUCUCGAUUGAAAUAGGUAGGAAAGGACAGGCCCAAAACACAUUUGCAUAGGAACUGCUGAGUUUUCUUCAGAACGUUUUGAUCUUUUGAUGAUAUGCAUAAGGAGGAUGUAGUCCACAGAAUUCUUUACAAGAGAUGCAAAAUUGGAGUACAAAAAAGUUAAUUCAUGAAACAUGACAGUGGUGAACAUAAAGCAUAUAUAACCUCUCCUAAUAUAAUAACAAUUGUGUAAUGAACUAAAUUGUAACACACUGUGCCAUAGUAAGGGCCCAAGGGUCUCUCUCACAGAGUAGCUUCUGUUUUUGUCCAUUUUGUCCUUCCCUUUAUUUGGAGGGACAGGAAUCCCAACAAAGAAUAGGCUGCAAAGGAGACCAUAGAAAAGUUGGAUAGAUCUAUAUAACUAUGGCAGACCAGGUUUAAAAGGCAAAUACUGCUAUCAUAUACUUCAGUGUAGGAAAUCCAUACAAAAACCUCACUCAAUCUCAUGGUUAACU